AUGUGCAAAACUAUUCCCCGAGGUAAAACUAAACACUAUCGAGUGUUACUAUUCCCCGAGGCAAGACUAAACAUUAUCGAGUGUUUUGUUAUUCCCCGAGGCAAGACUAAACACUAUCGAGUGUUUUGGUGUCCCCGAGGCAAAACUAAACACUAUCGAGUGUUUUGGUCUGAACAACCCCGAGGCAAGACUAAACACUAUCGGGUGUUUUGGUCUAGACACCUUGAGGAACUGAAAAGAAAGCGGGACUUUCUUCGCUUUGGUCCUAAUGAGUUCGUUGAAAUUGGCUCAAUUCAAGGAGAGGUCGCACAAUUAGUUAAAGCUUUAGAAUUUAGACUCAAUGCCUAUUCUUGCAGAAUUUAA